CUCACAGUGACAAUCAAUGCAGGAUGAUGGGGAUCCUCACACACUAACGCAUCAUCAGCAUGUUCAACAUAGCAAAUGGCAUUGCUCCAAAUUAAAUCUAGCAAAUUUCCACUGUCAUUGUGUAUGUAAUUAUACUGAAUGACAUUGAAAAAUCUUGCUAAAACAUUUAAAGUGUUUAUGUAACUAUUUGAGAUACUAUUUUCAAGAUAAUCAGCAUAUGAUGUUAUAUUAAAGUACCCAACAAUGAAAAUACUGCCAGUAUGUAAAAACGCUAGACUAUGUAUCGCUUCCAACAAGAUUUCAUAGUCGGUAACGGUUACCUGAGGAGCUCAAAAUGUCGCAUCUCAACGCUCUAACGAUAUGCGGUGUCCGAUUGUUCAGCCCCGAAGAGAAUCAGAAAGUGCUGUUCAGCACUCCAGUGACAUUAUUCUUAGGGCAAAAUGGUUGCGGUAAAACUACCAUCAUAGAGUGCAUCCGAUAUGCGCUUACCGGAGAAAUACCUGCAGGGACUAACAAUGGCCAGGGAUUCUUGAACGAUCCUGACAUGACGCAUGUUUCUAUUACCAAAGGUAACGUUAAAUUAAAGUACACGGACAAUAUCGGCAACGUCAUCACGGUAUCCAGGUUCAUGCAGGUUCAGAAAAAAGCUGACGGAAAGAUGCAGUUCAAGAGCUUGAAUGUGAAUAUAAGAAAACAUGCACCUGAUGGAGAGACAAAUGAUAUAUCGGGCAGAUGCGUGGAUGCCGAUAACUUCUGUUGCAACUCUCUAGGCGUUUCCAAAUCCAUACUGAACAACGUCUUAUUCUGUCAUCAAGAGAACAGUUACUGGCCCUUGGAUGAACCGAAGAAACUCAAGGAAAAAUUUGAUGAGAUCUUCGAGGCCGUGAAAUAUAAUAAAUAUAUAGACUUCGUGAGAAAGGACAUCAAGAAUAGACAACUAAAUAUUAAGGUUUUUCGAGAAAAGGUCGAAACCAGAAGAAUAAUAAAGGACGAAGUUGAAAAAUGCCGAGCCAAAUUUGAAGCAAGGCAAAUUGAAUUGAAUGAAAUACAGAACAGCGUACAAGAAAAGAGCGAUGAAAUAAAACCGUUAGAAGACAGGAGGAACGAAAUAUGUGACCUGGAGGAGUCCAUUGGUUCGUUACAAAGAAAUUUGAUACAGAAGCAAACCGAAAGCAAAGGGUUACAAGGCCAGCAGGGGAUCUUAUUGAAGAAAAUAACACUUGUGUUUGAAGGAACAGACGAUGAUCUACAAAACCGAAUUAAGUCCUUUAAGCAGUUACAGCAAGUUGAAGAGGAUAAUAUUAAACAAUUAGAACAGAAAAAUAAAGAAAUUAUUGCCGAAAAUAACACUGUCGGUGUAGCUAUACAGAAAAUCCAAAUGAAGAUAGGGGAACUGAAGGAAGAGCAAAAGCAGCAUAGAAACAAACAACAGGAAGUUAAAGUGCUAGUGGAAAAGUUGAGAAAUAAACUAGACAUUAACAGAAAUAUUGACUGGGAGAGUACUGAAGAAAUUGCUGAUGAACUCGAGAGUGCGAUACAAAAACUAGACGUGGAAUACGCGAAACUCGUCAGAGAUAAGGAAGAAGAAGAAAAAGAAUUACAAAACCAAAUUGACACGGCUAGAGAAAAAUUUGUUAGCGUUAGACAAAUAAUAGAGUCAAAGAAAGGAUUGGUGAGGGAAUAUGGUGGAAAAGCUAGAGACAUCAGAGAUCAAUUAGACCAACUAGGUUCAUCUGAUUCGCAACUAAAAAUAGUUGGUGACAAAAUCGAAAAAUUACAAACCACUUUAUCAUCUUUAAAAAGCAGUUUUAGUGAGCGGGAUAAAAAUAUUGAGAUAGAUAAGCUCAAGGGAGCUAUAGAUGCUAAAGAACAGUCUCUUGAAAAACUGGAACGAGAACAUAGAAUUCUGCAACAAAACUACCACCAUGAGCAGAAUCUAGAACGCGAAAUCGCGGCAGUUGCUGAGAAAGAAAUGGAAAUUAACAAGAUCAAAUCAAAACAUGCUUCAAAUUUCAAACUAUUAUUUGAUGAUGAUACCCCUGGAAGCAAUUUUAAAAGGUAUGUUCAACGAAUUCAAAAUGAAGAAGAAGCGAAGUGUAAAAGACUCACAAUUCGCAUAGGGAAAUUGGAAAAAGCCGUAUCCAGCCUGGAAACUGAGCUCAAAAUGCAGAAGCGGAAACUAGAAUCCGAUAAAGAACAAUUGGCCAAUUACGAGAAGAAAGUUGUGCAAGCUUGUAGAGGGAAAUCUUUUGACGAGUCGCUAAAAGAAAGUUAUGCUAAUAAAGAAACCCUCCAAAAACAAAAAGGCCAGUACAGCUCUGCAAAGAUCAUGUACGACGCAUUCAUCGAAAAGCUCAGAAAAGAUGCUUGCUGUCCUAUAUGCAAGACAAACUUCGGCGAUAAACCAACUGAAAAGGAAGAGAUUAUAAAUUCGAUGAAAGGAAAAAUUGCUCUUUUACCGCAGAAGCUGAUCGAGAACGAAAAAAGGUUGCGAGAAAUCGAGGAGGCUUACAACAAAUUACAAGGACUCAAACCUAUUAGCGAAGAAAUCGAGACGUUGACUAAAAGAAAGAUACCUGAGCUAGAAGAGGAAGUUAAAAAGCUCGAGGAGGAGUACAACGAGAAGCAAAUGGAACUUGCUUCGGAUAAGGCUCAACUGGAACUCCCUCAAAAGAAAGUUGAAGUCUGUAAAAAUGUUAUAAGUGAUGCAACGCUUCUGGAUAGGUACAUUGAUGAGAUCAAGAGCUCCAAAGAAAAUAUAGAAAAGUAUCGAUCACAAAUAGUGACAGUGCCAUCAGAAAGAUCUCGAGAAGAAGCUGAAGCUGAGAUUGAUGCUGGAAAAGCUGAGCUCAGCAAUUUGAAGCACCAAUACGAGUCUUGUAAGAAAAUGUUGGACCAACACCGAGAACGCUGUCAGCAACUAAAUGAUCAAAUUCAAAAGGAAACUAAAAAGCAGUUGGAUAUACAAAAGUUGCUACAAGAAAGGCCCAUGUUGGAGACACAACUUAAAGAGUUUGAGGAAAAAUUGUCAGCUUUAAAGUCCGAAUUAGAAGAGCUUGAAGAUCAAGUAAGAGAGUGUAAUAAGCAACUCAACACAGCUAUAGAGGAGAGACAGUCGGUGGUGAAGAAGAACAACAAGUUGAAAAACGAGGAAAGCUUGAAAAUCAAUGCUAACAAAACACUUUUAGCAGACAUUAAAAAGUUGUACAACGCUAUAGAAACGUAUGUUAGGAAUAAAACUGAAGGAGAGUUAGAUCUGACAGUUGAAAAACUGGCUAAGUUGAAAAUAAAAGAAAAAGAUUUAGAUGACCAAAAGAAUGCUAUAAUCGAUUCUAUCUCGACAACGAAACAAAACUUGGCUAAGAAAGAAACCGAAUAUAGAAACUUGACUGAUAAUGUCACAUUAAGGGAACUGAAAGUAUCCGAAAAAAAGCUCAUUGACGAAAUAAGAGAUCUCGAGAAAAACAUCAAAGGAUUCAACUAUAGAUCUCUGAGGACUGAAAAGAUAGAGAUUGACAAGAAGCUUGAAAAGGCCCACAGGGAAAUCAAUACAUUGACAGGAAAACAAGAAGAAGUUGAAAGAGCGAUUAAAGAGUUCCAAGCUGAUUUAAAAAAACCAGAAAACAAAGACGCAUAUAAGAAUUACCUGAAGCAGUACCACGAACUAGUAGUUGAAGAGCAUGUAGUCGAAGAUCUGGGUACGUAUAUAAACGUUUUGGAGAAAUGUGUGUUGAAAUUCCAUGAAGACCGCAUGGUUCACAUAAAUACGAUCAUCAAAGAACUGUGGAGAGAAAUAUACAAAGGGAACGACAUAGACUAUAUUGAGAUCCAAACAAACGAGGACAUGAAAGGUGGUGGGUUAAAUAAGAGAAGGACGUAUAACUACAAGGUGGUUCAAGUUAAGAACACGAUAGAAUUAGAAAUGAGAGGGAGAUGUAGCGCGGGGCAAAAAGUCUUAGCGUGUCUCAUUAUCAGGAUAGCCUUGGCCGAGGCUUUCAGUUCUCACUGCGGGAUUUUGGCGUUAGAUGAACCGACCACUAACUUGGAUAAGGAGAACAUCAUCAGUUUGAGCAAUACAUUAGCUAAUUUGGUGCAACAGCGCGAGCUUGCAAAAAACUUCCAAUUGUUGGUGAUUACUCAUGACGAGGAAUUCUUAUCCGGACUUACCAGGUCUUUGUCUACCGACGGUUACUGGGAAGUUAAAAGGAACCAUAGUGGCUUCUCAACGGUCGAGAGGCGUUUAUUGUAGGUUAUUUUUUGUUUUGCUUGUUACUUUCAGAUCUGGAGAAACAAUUGUAACCUGAACCACUCGAAUAGAUAUGAUACAAUGUAAUAAUUCCUAAAAAACUGAGGUAUCUGCUAUGUGUAGGAAUUUGCAAAACGUGAGGACCACAUUUUAUGAAAAGAUAUCAACUGAGGUCAAAGUAUAAUCCGGAUCUUGCUGGACCACUUUUGGGUCCACAUUUUUAAUUCCCCCUUUGAGUAAUUCCAAAAAAUGAUGUUUCUCUCCAUUUUUUUCUGAUUUCUGAACAAAGGUCCUUAGCAACUUUUCUCUGGAGUUAGUCGGUUUCGAACUGUAAAAAAAUCUAAAAAUGGAAUCUUCAACGAUUAAAAAUCAUCAUUUUUGUGGUUUAUAUCCGUUCACAUUUUGCAAAUUCAAUCCAGUCUGAUCUGUUACUUCUGUUUGAAAUUAAGUGAAUUUUUUAUGUUAAACUCAACAGUUCUGUUAUGUCUUGUUUUUUUCUGUUGAUUAAUAAGUCACUCGUUUAAAUUAUUUUUUAUUAUAUGUGGAACUAUUUUUAUUUUCUAAUAUUGUUACCAGAAUCUCCAAAUAAGGAAGUUGUUAUUUUUCUAUGAAUACCAUAUUUAUAAGGUUCUUAUGUGAAUACCUAAAUUCACCGCUUUACUAUUUAUUUUGUUUUGUUUCCAAAUUAUUUCAGUAUUUUGGCACAUUCCAAGAAUUUAACUUUUUGUUUAUAUCCAUUAAAGUGAGAAAUAAAUAAGACGC